GGCUGGCAGUGCCGUUCUGUGAAGAUGGCUGGUGGGGAACUGACACAGAGGAGAGUACCAGCUGUGCUGCUGCUUUGGAUGCUCACUAAUUUCUGUGAGUCCACUGUGUAUUUAACUGUUCCUGAAGCUAUAACUUUGCAGCAAUACUCUCAAGCCAACGUCACAAUUACAUCCAGUUCCCCAACUAAUGUGUCAUAUGUAAUUACAUUAAAAGUGACCUACAGCUCCAAGAACUAUUCAUUGAUCAUCACUCUACCUGAACAGGUUGUUCUGCCUGCAGAGGCAACCUCCACGAUUUUUGCUGUAACAACCCAUGAUGUGGGUCAGGUAACCACUUACCUGUCGAGCAACACCACAGAUUUCAGGAGUCUGACUAGAAUCCACUUCAUGGUGGUUCACAGCAGCAUCCUGUCAGUCAUUAGCCAGGUGAUUGGGUGGCUUUACUUUCUGGCCUGGUCAGUGUCCUGCUAUCCACAGUUGUGGGAGAACUGGAGGAGGAAAAGUGUUGUAGGUCUCAACUUUGACUUCCUGAGUCUCAACUUGACUGGCUUCUUCGCCUACAGUGUCUUCAAUAUUGGUCUGUUCUGGGUGCCGUAUAUCAAGGAGGAGUUUUUGAAGAAAUACCCAAAUGGAAUUAUCCCUGUCAGUGCUAAUGACAUCUUCUUCAGUCUCCAUGCGUUUGUGAUCAGUUUGCUCUAUGCUAUCCAGGUUGCUAUAUAUGAGAGAGGGGGUCAGAGUGUGUCCUGGACAGCCCGGUUCUUGUUGCUUGUUGGCUGGCUUUUUGCUUUGGUCACCUUGUUUGUAGCUGUUGCCAAACAGAUUACCUGGUUGGACUACCUUUACUAUUUCUCCUACAUUAAACUUGGAGUCACUCUUGUGAAGUAUGUGCCCCAGGCAUAUAUGAACUACCAAAGACAGAGUACUAAAGGAUGGAGUAUUGGCACCGUGUUACUGGACUUAAUUGGUGGAAUUCUCAGUAGUCUACAGAUGGUCUUAGAGUCUCAUAAUAAUGAUGAGUGGAGGUUGAUAUUUGGGAACCCUACAAAGUUUGGUUUGGGUUUGUUGUCUGUGGUGUUUGACCUUCUCUUCAUAACUCAGCACUACUGUCUCUACAGCAAACAGGUUUAUAAGACAAUUUCAGACCAAGAGGACAACUAAUGUCAACACAGUAUGGUGUGGACAAAAUCUAAAAACACACAACCAUCAGGGCU